AUGGAGAGUGACGUGAGAAGUUUGAAAUGGGCUUCAAUUCAGAGACUUCCAACUGUUGCACGUUUGAGGAGAGGUUUAUUGACUACCCCUCAAGGAGAUACCAAUGAAAUUGACGUUCACAAUAUUGGCUUGCAAGAAAGAACUUAUUUGCUUCAAAGACUCGUCAAGAAUAAUAUUAACACCGACGACGGCGGCGACGAUGAUGACGUGAACAAUGAUCAAAAUAGUUCCUUGUUGAAGCUUAUGAGAGAUCGCAUUGAUAGAGCUGGAGUUGAUAUUCCUACAAUUGAAGUUCGAUUUGAGCACUUGAAUGUCCAAUCACAUGUUCAAGUAGGAAAGAGAGCUUUGCCUACAAUCACUAACUACAUGCUUGACAUUCUAGAGGCUCCGUUGAACUAUAUACUAAAAAGAAGAAAACCAAAUUUGAAUAUUCUACAAGAUGUCAGCGGAAUAAUAAAGCAUAGCAGGAUGACAUUGCUUUUAGGCCCUCCAAGUUCUGGAAAGACCACACUCCUCUUGGCCUUAGCUGGAAAACUUGAUCCCAACUUAAAGGUUAUUCAUUUGCGUAAUGAGGUGCAAUUUUAUGAACAGUUCACUGGAAAAGUGAGUUAUAAUGGUCAUGAGAUGAAUGAAUUUGUACCCCAAAGAACUGCUGUUUAUGCCAGUCAAAAGGAUAUUCACCUUGGAGAAUUGACAGUCAGAGAAACCUUGGCCUUCUCAGCAAGAGUUCAAGGCGUUGGACCUCGAUAUGAUAUACUAGCAGAGGUGUGUAGAAGAGAGAAAGAGGAAAACAUUAUCCCUGAUCCAGAUAUUGAUGUCUAUAUGAAGGCCGUUGCAACCGAGGACCAAAGAGCAAAUAUUGUAACGGAGUAUAUUUUAAAGAUUUUGGGACUGGAUAUCUGCGGAGAUACUAUGUUAAAAGGCAUCUCUAAAGGACAAAGGAAAUGUGUUACAAUAGGAGAGAUGCUGGUAGGACCAAUUAAAGCUUUAUUCAUGGAUGAAAUAUCUAUUGGUUUGGAUGAUUCGACGACCUUUCAAAUUGUGAAAUCAUUGAAGCAAUUUGUCCACCUAGUCAAAAGAACUGCUGUGAUCUCACUACAACAGCCAUCACUAGAGACUUUCAAUCUUUUUGAUGACAUCAUUUUACUCUCUGAUGGACACAUUGUGUACCAAGGUCCUUGUGAACAAGUGCUUGGUUUUUUUGCUUCAAUGGGUUUUAUAUGUCCCGAGAGGAAAACUGUUGUAGACUUUUUGCAAGAAGUGACAUCAAGGAAAGAUCAGGAACAAUAUUGGAUACAAAAAGAAAAUCCUUAUAGAUUUGUGACAGCUAAAGAGUUUGCGGACGCAUUUGAGUCAUAUCAUGUUGGGAGAAGCCUUUGUAAUGAACUUGCUACUCAAUUUGACAAGUCUAAAAGCCAUCCAUCUGCUUUGACAACCAAAAAGUAUGGCAUUGGAAAAUGGGACUUAUUCAAAGCGUGCUUAUCAAGAGAAUAUUUACUCAUGAAGCGUAAUUCACUUUACUAUAUCUUCAAACUUUGCCAAAUUGCUUUGGUCGCCAUCAUCACCAUGACUGUUUUCCUACCAACUCGAAUGCAUCAUGAUUCAGUAGCCGAUGGAGGCAUUUAUGCUGGUGCAUUGUUAUAUGGAAGUACUGUACUUAUGUUGAAUGGAUUUGCUGAACUUGCUAUGAUGGUUGUGAGGCUUCCUGUGUUUUAUAAGCAAAGAGACUUACUUUUUUUCCCUUCAUGGGCAUAUGCUGUUCCGUCGUGGAUCCUAAAAAUCCCCAUAAGUUUUGCAGAAGUUGGUGUUUGGGUAUCCUUCACCUAUUCUAUCAUUGGUGAUCCAAAUGCUGUUGGAAGGACGUUCCUUCUUCUAGUGCUUGUCAACCAAAUGGCUACUUUGUUUUGCCGAUUAGUUGCUGCAAUUAGUAGAGAAAUGGCAAUGGCCGCGACUCUUGGGACUUUUUCAUUGGGAAUGCUUCUUGUUGCGGUGUCAAAAGGUAUCAUAAAGACAAAGAUAAUUGUACUCUUGUUCUAUAUGCUUACAGACAAUAUACGAAAGUGGUGGUUAUGGGAAUUCUGGAUAUCACCUACUAUGUAUGGACAAAAUGCCUUGUUGAAUAACGAAUUCCAUGGGAAGACGUGGAGACAUGUUCCACCUAACUCAACGGAACCUCUAGGAGUUCAAAUUUUGAAAUCUCGCGGCUUCUUUACUCAGUCCUACUGGUAUUGGAUAGGUUUUGGGGCAUUGAUUGGAUACACGUUAUUGUUCGUCUUUGGUCACAUUCUUGCGCUCACUUACUUGAACCAAAUUGAUUAUGCAGCACUUAAAGAACAUCAGGUUGUUAAAUCCGCUCAGUCGUUAUCCAGGAAGCAACAAUCUGUAAGGGAUAGUAAACAAAACCAGAAGAGAGGAAUGGUUCUUCCUUUUGAACCACAAUAUAUCACCUUUGAAGACGUGACAUAUUCAGUUGAUAUGCCACAGGAAAUGAAGAAUCAGGGAGUUAUUGGGGAUAGGUUGAACCUUUUGAAGGGUGUUAGUGGUGCUUUCAGGUCAGGUGUUCUAACAGCACUAAUGGGUGCGACUGGUGCUGGCAAAACAACUAUGAUGGAUGUGCUUUCUGGUAGAAAAACUGGUGGAUAUAUUGGUGGGAACAUCACAAUUUCUGGCUAUCCAAAGAAUAAGGAAAGCUUUGCUAGAAUUUGUGGAUACUGUGAACAAAAUGAUAUCCACUCUCCCUAUGUUACUGUAUAUGAAUCAUUGCUCUUUUCAGCAUGGCUCCGAUUGUCUGCAGAAAUAAAUGCUGAAACCAGGAAGAUGUUCGUCGAGGAAGUUAUGGAGCUCGUGGAUCUGACCCCACUAAGGGAUACAAUUGUUGGAUUGCCGGGUGCUAAUGGACUUUCGACGCAACAGUGCAAAAGGUUGACUAUUGCAGUUGAGUUAGUGGCCAAUCCUUCUAUUAUAUUCAUGGACCAACCAACUUCUGGACUAGAUGCAAGAUCGGUCGCAAUUGUUAUGAGAGCAAUUAGAAAUAUAGUGGACAACGGAAGAACAGUUGUUUGUGCCAUUCAUCAACCCAAUAUUGAUAUUUUUGAAUCUUUUGAUGAGCUGUUCUUGAUGAAGCAAGGAGGGCAAGUGAUAUACGCGGGACCAAUUGGACAUCAUUCUUCCGACUUAAUAAGUUACUUUGAGGGGAUUCAACGCGUCAGUAAGUUUGAAGAUGGCUGUAACCCAGCAACUUGGAUGUUGGAAGUCACUUCUCCAGAAAAAGAAAUGGAAUUGGGGAUCGAUUUUGCUGAGGUGUACAAGAAUUCAGAAUUAUACAGGAGAAACAAAGAUCUUAUUUCAGAAUUGAGCAUUCCUGCUCCUGAUUCUGAGAAUCUUCAUUAUCCUUCAAAGUACUCAAGGUCCCUUUUCACUCAAUGCAAGGCUUGUUUAUGGAAACAACAUUGGUCUUACUGGCGUAAUUCGCGAUACAAUGGAUUAAGGUUUCUCUUCACAACUGUUGCCUCCACCUUUCUCGGGUGCAUGUUUUUUGGCAUUGGCUCCAAAAUGGAAAAGCAACAAGAUCUCCUUAACUCCAUUGGCUCAAUGUUGAUCACUAUUCUACUUAUCGGUAUCAAGAAUGCAAAUUCGGCGCAAGCAGUGGUAAGUACAGAGAGAGUGGUGUUCUAUAGGGAAAAUUCUGCAGGAAUGUAUUCUUCUCUAGCAUAUGCUGUUGGUCAGGCUCUAAUUGAAAUCCCUUAUGUUCUUUUACAAGCUUUGAUCUAUGGAACUAUAAUUUAUGCAAUGGUUGGUUUUAAGUGGAGUGUGGCUAAUUUUUUUUGGUACAUAUUUUUUAUUUUCUUCAUCUCUUUAUACUUUACCUACUAUGGUAUGAUGUUAGUAGCCAUGACCCGAAACCAAACCAUUGCCUCUUUCCUUACCCGUCCGUCUUAUGUAUUAUGGAGUCUUUUCUCAGGAUCCGUAAUUCCACCACCAAAAAUUCCAAUAUGGUGGAGAUGGUUUUAUUGGGCAAAUCCAGUAGCAUGGAGUUAUAAUGGAUUGGUGACUUCACAAUUUGGAGGUAUAAAAGAUCAUAUUGAAUCUAAGGGAAAAAGUGUUUCAGUAGAAGAUUUUUUGGAAAAUUACUACGGUUUCCGACAUGAUUGCUUGGGAGUAGUUGCAGCUGUAGUUGUUGGAUUCACAUUGACUUUUGUAUUGGUUUUUGUCUUGUCUAUCAAGAUGUUUAAUUUCCGAUCGCGCUAAGGGUGUCAUUAUAAGUAUCCUUGGUGAAUAAACCAGAUAAGAAGCUACUCGAAACCUCUGGACAGAUAGUGAUCGCUCAGACGUGAUUUAGAGUCGA